GAUAAAAUAAUAAUUUAGCACACAUUUGUCUAUUUGCCUCACGUGUUGACUGUUACCGACUUUGGUGUUUAUUUUUUUUCUUCAAUUAACUCAAUAAACAUAAAAAAUAUGACCAUAAAUCGAUAUUUAUUAUAUUUUUCAUAUAUUGGAACUAGAUUUCGUGGAGUACAACGACAAUUAACUUAUGAUAUGGUACAUAACGAUGAUCCAUCUUCAGUACAAGGAUUAUUGGAAUAUGCUUUAAAGCAAUUACAACCAUUAAAUACUCCAAAACUACAUUUAUCAAGUCGGACAGAUCAAGGAGUUCAUUCGUUUAAGUCAUCUGCACAUUUAGAUUUAGAAUUACCAUAUACCUGUCAUCCCAACAAACUAGUAUUCCAAGUGAAUAACUUCUUAAGCUCGUGUGAAGUUCCUAUUAAGCUAGUUAGUGCUCAAAUAGUUCCCAAUGAUUUCAACGCAAGAUCAUGUGCAAAGUGGAGGAAAUAUUUAUAUCGACUAGCAGUUGUUAAAUCAGAAUUUAAGGAUUUAUACGCUGAGAGAUUUGUGUUUCCAAUCCCAAUUACAGAAGAUAAACGUUGUUAUUUUAUUCAAAAAAGUGAUUUUGAUGUAGAACUUGUGAAAAAUGUACUGCCACUAUUUAUUGGAACUAAAGAUUACAAAACAUUUAUGGGAAAAUCUGGACUAAAUACAGAAUUGAGUACAAUACGUACAUGGAAUAAUAUUGAAAUAGUUCCAGGCCGUUCAUUUUAUCCAACAGAUAUUGACAAGUAUUACAAUUAUUGGGAUAUUCGUGUUAAUGCAAGAUCAUUUCUUUACAAACAAAUAAGACGUACUGUUGGUGUGCUCAUUAAAGUUGCACAAAAUAUAAUAACAUAUGAUGAUGUUAAAUAUAUGUUUGAUAAUCCAUCAAUUAAUAGUUGGAAUCCAAAAAUAUCAACAGCACCAAGUUAUGGCCUAUAUUUGUAUGACAUUGGCUACGACGAAAAAGAUUUAAUUUUACCAAUAGAACACGAUAAGUUAGAAGAACCGGUUCAUUCUGAAAAUCCUGUCGAAAUUUCUUUAGAUUUAAAAAAAGAAAUAGUGAAACAACGUAUAGAAAAUCGGAGAGUAUCACUUGAAGCUCGUACUGCCAAGUCAAUUGAAAAAAUUAAAAAUCAUGAGUUUCUUAGAUCAGUUAAAAAGUAAAAAAAAUAGUUUAUUAAGUGUUGAAACCAAAGUAACUACAGAAAGUGGUCUAGUUUUUAAAGAAAUAAAAUUAGCAGAUGGUUUUAAAAGACAAUGUUUGAGCGAACGAACUUAUGGUUAUAUUGUUGAUUCUAAUCCAGAUCUUAAUGCUGGUCAUGUAUUUGAGUUUUUAUAUUUUGGCUCACAAGAUAUUGCUUGUGACCCAAAUAUUUUACAUGCAUUACAGAUAACCGAUGUAUUGAGUAUAGGUGUAACUGUACCUAAAUACAAUAAUUGUAUGUAUAAAUUUAUUGAAGCUUAUGAUGUACCAUCAUUUAAUAUGAAUAAUAUUUUUAAUGAUUGCUUUUUAUACAUUGAAAAUAUUCGUCUAACGGGUCGUCGUAUAUUUAUUCAUUGUAAUGCUGGCAUAUCUCGUUCACCAACAAUUGUUAUAGCAUAUGUUAUGAAGCAUUUAAAAAUUAAUUUUGAACAUGCUUUCAAACUUGUUAAAGAAACCAGAUCAACUAUAAAACCUAAUGCUGGUUUUCUUUCACAAUUAAAAGCAUAUGAUGAAUGUUUAAAUAAUAAAUUGUAUUUGUAAAUAAAUUGAAAAUAUAUGUGUUUAUAAUUUAAUA